AUGGCGCCCAUGAAGGUUUACGGGUGGCUGGUGUCGCCGUGGAUGGCGAAGGUGCUACUGUGCCUGGAGGAGGCCGGCGUUGACUACCAGGUCGUCCCGUUGAGCCUGUCCGACGGCGAUCACCGCCGGCCGGAGCACCUCGCCCGGAACCCGUUCGGUCAGAUUCCAGUGCUGGAGGACGGUGACCUGACUCUCUACCAAUCACACGCCAUCGCGAGGUACAUCCUUGGCAAGCACAAACCGGAGCUCCUGGGGCUCGGCGAGGGCGGCGGCGUGGAGGAGUCGGCAAUGGUGGACAUGUGGCUGGAGGUGGAGACCCACCAGUACGAGGCCGCCAUGAAGCCCAUCGUGUGGCACUGCAUCGUGCACCAGCACGUCGGCCUCGACCGCGACCAGGCCGUCGUCGACGAGUGCGUCCGGAAGCUCAAGAGGGUGCUCGAGGUGUACGAGGCGAGGCUGUCGUCGGCGGCGGGCUCGGGCUCCCCCGGCCCCAGCAGGUACAUCGCCGGCGGCGGCCGCGUCAGCCUCGCGGACCUCAGCCACCUCCCGCUCAUGCACUACUUCGCGGCGACGGAGUACGCCGGCGUGCUCGACGCGUACCCGCGCGUGAGGGCGUGGUGGGAGGCACUGCGGGCGAGGCCGUCGGUGAAGAAGGUGAUGGCCGCAAUGCCGACGGAUUUCGGGUUCGGAAGUGGGAGCUCGCCGUAGUGCCUGAACGGACCAUCGAUCUGCUGCUCUGGUUCUGCAAAACCACUUAAUUUAUUUGUGUUCUUAAAUAAAUGGAGUGUCUUUGUGAGA